CUGAACAUUUGAGUAUGUCAGAGGUCCACAGUUGUAACUCGCAAUUCACGUGUGACAGGAGGAAAGAAAAACUAUCUGCACUUAGUUGCUGUAUUGGAGUGAAAGCAAAUCUCAGAUUUACCUUCAGAUAGAUUCCUUUCUUGUGAUUAUUAUAUCGAAAUCAGUGAAAUGGAGUUAUGGCUCUUGACCAACAAGCUACUAUGUUUUUGAGCACAUUGACUCCAAAAUUUUAUGUUGCCCUCACUGGAACAUCAUCAUUAAUAUCAGGAUUAAUUUUGAUAUUUGAAUGGUGGUAUUUUCGUAAAUAUGGAACCUCAUUUAUUGAACAAGUAUCACUGAACCACAUUAGUCCGUGGAUAGGUGGGGGUGAUACAAAUGGAGACACUAAUAAUAUUUCAACAAAUGCAAAUACAACUUCAACAAAUCAACAGCCUGUGCCUGAAUGCAAAGUCUGGAGGAACCCACUGAAUUUGUUUCGUGGGGCUGAAUACCAGAGAUUUUAUUGGGCUACUAAUAAAGAACCCUUAACAUAUUAUGACAUGAACUUAUCAGCCCAAGACCAUCAAACCUUUUUCACUUGUGAAGGUGAUUGUGGGAAGGGUGAAUAUGAAAUCAUGCAGACUGCUUGGCGGGAAAGAAAUCCUGUUGCUCGAAUAAAAGCUGCUCAUGAAGCAUUGGAAAAAAAUCCAGAUUGUGCUCCGGCUUAUAUUCUGCUGGCAGAAGAAGAAGCGACCACAAUUCUGGAAGCAGAAAAAAUUCUAAAACAAGCACUCCGAGCAGCAGAAAUGAAUUAUAGAAAAUCUCAACAAGUUCAGCAUCAAGGAUCUAUAAUGGAGUCUUUACAUAGGCGAGAUACAAAUGUCUUGAUCUACAUUAAAAGAAGACUAGCAAUGUGUGCUCGGAAGUUGGGAAAACUUAAAGAGGCUGUGAAGAUGUUCCGUGAUUUGACAAAAGAGGUUCCUCCUAUCAUGAAUGUUUUAAAUAUUCAUGAAAAUCUGAUAGAAACACUUUUAGAAAUGCAAGCAUACGCAGAUGUUCAAGCAGUUCUAGCAAAAUAUGAUGAUAUAAGCUUGCCCAAGUCUGCAACGAUAUGUUACACUGCAGCAUUGCUUAAGGCUCGAGUUGUUGCUGACAAGUUUUCACCUGAUAUUGCUAGUAAAAGAGGCUUGACUACAGCUGAAAUGACAGCAGUGGAGGCCAUUCACAGAGCAGUAGAAUUUAAUCCACAUGUUCCCAAGUAUCUCCUGGAAAUGAAACCAUUAAUUCUUCCUCCUGAACAUGUUCUCAAAAGAGGAGAUUCUGAAGCAAUAGCAUAUGCAUUCUUUCAUCUACCUCAUUGGAAACAGGUGGAAGGUGCUCUAAAUUUAUUACAUUGUACAUGGGAAGGAACAUUUCGUAUGCUUCCAUAUCCUCUGGAACGAGGACACUUGUUUUAUCCCUACCCUACAUGUACUGAAUGUGCCGAUCGUGAACUGUUGCCUGCUUUCCAUGAAGUCAGUGUAUAUCCCAAAAAGGAGUUGCCGUUCUUCAUUCUAUUCACAGCUGGUUUGUGUUCAUUUACUGCUUUGCUGGCUCUUCUUACUCAUCAGUAUCCUGAACCCAUGGGAGUUGUAGCCAAAGCAAUGUUGGGGUGGGUUUCGUUACCCUUUCACUAUCUUCUUGACAAGUUAGAAGCAAUUUUACCUUCAAACCUUCUGCAGCAGUUAUCGAGGAUAUGAAGUGGAAGUGCUGUGAGGAAGUUGUAUGUGAUUUGAUUUUCAAAUUAAUGCACUUCAGGAGACAAAAGAUACUCUAGUGGGUGCAAAAGUAUGCUCAAGCUUUUUCCACGUUGUUGUGCUAGUUGCUCUAGCAUUUAGGCAACUAUUUUAUGAAGACUGAAUGCUGAAUAUUGGAACAAGCUUGCUGUUUCAACUUCAGGAAUACGCUAUGCAAGGCCAUAGGCCAAACCAAAAGUGCAAAUGAAUGUACUAAUUUUUUUAUGUUAGCUGUCAGAACUAUGAAAUAUGCAUGUGUGUGAAUUUCAGUUUUAUGUCAAACUGUCAGUUGCCAUCUGACAUUUUUAUUGCAAUAAAUGAAUGAUUUGAGUGAUUAUUUUAAAAUUGAAGAAAAUAGCUGAUUGCCUUUUUAUACAUGUAUUUGGCAUUGCUUUCCUCAGUACCAACAAAAUGAAUGAAAUUUCCUGUUCUUGUCAUCAUACACUGUCAGAAAGUGAAAGAAGAACUCAUUGAUGUUUCUGACAAUUUGUUUCCACAAAACAUUACAAUUUUCAUAUUGAAAUAGUUUGCUGCUUAAUUCCGGAAAUACCAUCUCGAAUUCUAUUUUAUUGGGUUACUGUGCCAUUUACAAAUAUUUAACGAAGAGAGUUCACCUUUCCAUGGUCCUUCAGUCACUCAGUAUUUUAUAAAAGUAUACAGACCUGAAACAAUUGUCCAGUUAUACUACCUACUUGCUCUUCUGUUGAUUGUGAUCAUGAUUAGGAUUAUGCUGUGUAAAGAUCUUAAUAAUGCAUUGUUACUCCUUGAAGGUUAUGUUUACAUUGUAGAUAUUUUGUAAACAAAAUUCCCCAGUUUGUGCUGCCAUUGCAUUUAAUGUUCCUCAUAAGAAUCUCUCUCAGCAAAUCUAAUUCCUCAAGAUCUUUAUAGAGUGUACAAUUACAUUUGUUUCUAUAGAAGCCAUUAAUACUUUAUUACAAGUUGACACAAGAUAAUUCACCUCUUGAAGAUCAUGUCUUUCCUCAAGUGUUGCAUUUGUAUAAGUGUUGCGUAUUUGAUUGUAAUCAUGUGUUUUUUAUGUACAUCCAGCCAGCCAGACUGAGCAACACUAUUAAAACUUUUUGUUUCUUGUUGUUAAAAAGAAAUGUUUUCACCUUUUGCCUGACAUACUUCACAUCUAAAUUGAAAGUAGAAUUACUCGUUCCGAAUCACAUUUUUGUUGGCUUAUUGAAGCAAUACCAGUUCUGCUUCAGUGGGUUGUGAUUAAAAUCAUAUCACAACCUGCUCAAUGUCCUUGAAUAUUUGCAAUAUUUCAGAUUUCCAAAAUUGUGUGUUUUUAUUUUGUUCUUUGUUGUUUUUUUCACUUUCUGCUUGUGUAUGUAAUUCUUUCUAAUGGUACUGAAAUAGAAAUACAUGUAAGUUGAAAUUUCAGAUAUUGAAAAAUAUUAUAACUUUGUUCCUGUCAUUACUAGUGGUCUUCACUCUUCUGUAAUUUAAAGUUUAAGUUUGAAGGUCUGUUGAGAAGUUCCUGGACUGAUACUUAAAAGCAAGAAGCACUUCUGAGACAGUGUUCACAUUCAAGCCCUGUAAUAAUUCUCAUAAAAUUUAUUCUUUUAUUAUGUGAAAGUACAGCCCCAAACUUUUCUAUUACCUGUUUUAACUUCCUUUUUUUAAUUUGAUUUUAAGCACAUUAAGGUAUGUUAAUAAUGUCAUCUUAAUAUUUUCAGGUAGGUUUUUAAUGAUUUUCAUCUUUCAUUUUCUAGUUGCUUAAAUAGAAAGCAUGAUGAUAAAUGCCACAAACAACUUUCAUGUUUAUUUAGUAUCUAAAAUGAAUGUUGCCAUUAAAUAUGUGUUGAUUUUAAAGUAGUCGAAUUUGUGUUGAAGCUUGUUUUUUAACCAUUUCUCAAAUGAAAUGGAAAAAUUUACUUUUGUUCUCCAUUGUUUUGAAGUGUGGUUGAGAUGUUUCUUUGAAGCAACCACCCUUAGUACCAGAAAGUUGGCAUUAAAAUUUACUGAUUACAAGUGUGGCGUUUAGUGCAAAUACUUCAGCAUUCAUAAUGUGCCCUUUAGCAUUACACAAACUUAUAGCAAAGUAUUAUUCCUUCAGUAUUCAGUGUCUUAAUAUAUAAUAGAGGCAGUCUGGAAACUUUUCAACACAAUUUUUUCUUUAUUUAUUUUGUAUUUUAAUUUUUCUGAAGACAAUCAGUAUUUUAAAUUGUGGUGAACCAUGUUAUUAAUUACUUAGUGCUCUUAAUUUGUGAUUUCAAACUUGUAAUUGGGCUAUAACACUUAAGUAGAGGAAAGAAUCCAUUUUGUAGAUUUUAAGCAGUAUUUUGAGAAGUCUUCCCAAAAACUAUGUGUAACUGGGUCGAACUAUGUCUGGCAGUUAUUAAUGUGAAAAACACUGAUCAGGUUUACAAGAAAUAGUGUUUCAACAAAUGGUGGCAAUUUGGCCAGACUUGAGUUCAAGUCUUGGAAAUGUGAUACAUGAAAAACAAUUUAUAAGUUCAUAUUGUUUUCCAGAAUAAAAAAAAUGAUCCAUCCAUAAAUGUAAUCCACAACUUUAUUUUGAAAGCUAUUGAUUGUUCAUGUUCAGUUUGCAUUGUAUGUAUAAAUAUGGUACAAAAGUGUAGUGUACGUAAGAAACAUACAAAGAUGGAAACUUCUAAAUGUUUCAAAAUGGUACAUGUUUUAGUUACAUGUGAUGAAUCAAUUUAAGGACAUUGUGCUUUAAAGUAUUGUUAGCAAAAUGUAUAACAAUGCUGUACUGUGGUUUUUGCUCUUUUGAGCAUGAAAUAUAUUCCUUAGUGCCUUCAUCUUCUGUGAGAUAGAUGCAUCUUUAUAGUACAAUAAGUAAUAAAGAAUUGUAGAGUUUCUAAAACGUUUUAAAUUUACUGUUGCCUAGUUGUGGGAAUGAUUUUGUCUGUGUUGAGUGCAUUAAUUGCCUUUUAGUGUGCUGAAUAUUCUUUCCUCAAUUUUUAUUGAGUAUGUAUAUAUAUAUAUAUAUUAAUUUUUGAAUAUAUGAGUGAAGAUUGUUCAGUUAAACUGCAACAAUUUUCUUUGGAACUUAGUCCAUAAUAGUUGAUAACUUAUAUGAACAUUUUCAUUAUUCUUUUGUCAUAAAUAUUGUCCUGUUCUCUCCUAAUUUCAAAUUGGGAUUGGGAUUGGGAUUGUGACAAUUUGGCAUUGGUAGAGCUGCAAUAAAAUGUGUGUGAUAUAUUUAAUGACUUUUGAAACAUUCCAAUUUCUUCAGGUAUUUUAUCUGUAAUUACAGAAAAUAAUUAUAGGUGUCUGUUAUCUAUGUUGCAGUACUUGUUAUUGCAUGUUCUUUAUUUUUCUGCUCUGUGAAUGUUUUAAAUGAAAUUCUUGUUUUAUUUGUGGAUUUUUAUUUAUCAUCCUAUUCUUAAUUAUAAGCUUUGAUACAAGUCCUGUAAAUAUAUUGUAUCACUAUGGUACCAUGGUACCACAAUGAUAAAAUACACAUACCUCUGUCAAUUACUUUAAGUAUUUGGCAUGAGGGAAUAUUAGCAAAUAUUUGUGUGAAAUAUUGUAAAAAAUAUUUAUGUUCCUUCUAUAUACCUAAGUUAUGUUUUGUGUUUUAUGUUGUUCAAAAGUUUCUGUUAAACAUUUUCAUGGCUUUUCUUCAAAAUCUGUUAGUAAUAUUAAUAGAAAUAUAUGGCACAAAUCUGGGCCAGAUAUUUUUUAAAAAUAUAGAUUAUGCUUGUUAUUGCUUAAUUUACAAUUCAUAUCACAAAUUUUCUAGUCAACCAACAAAUAGAAUGUUGGAUAUUACUAAGAUGAAGUGUACACACAAUGCUUAAAAAAAAUACAAAGGAGAUAGAAUUUGCAAAUUUGUAGCCGUACUGCAGCAUAAAAGAUGUAAAAAUUUCCAUUGAGCUAGAAAUCUAUUCAACAUAUUUAUAUUAAAUCCAGGAAUCGUUUUGGAUGUGUACAUCUUAACAAUUCACUUGUUUAAUAGCAGGGUAUUAGAUGUGAAAUCUAGGCAAGUAUGUUUAUAGAUGUUAAUGAUCUAUUAGGAAAGACUAAUGUCCAUAAAAAAUGCACAAAGAAAUGUAUAAUUAUUUUUGUAUCAGCACAAAGCGUUCACAUUAAAAUUUUUGCUUUUACAUUGCAAAGUAUAUAACAUUAUUCAAAAUAUUGAAUUGCAAUUUCAGAUCCUCAUUAUAUUCUACUGACAUGAAAUAAAUUUAAAUUGCUAAUUUCAAAAGAUAAUUUAUAUGAGUAUAAUAAAAUUUCACCAAAAAGUUUUCUCAGAACAUUCAUUACAUUUUUUUAAAAUAAGAAAUUUGUUGAAAAGAAGUAAUGCAAUUCUCGUUUCUAAUUAAUAAAAUGACGCAACAAAUUAGUAUUGCACAGUAAUUCAAGCUGUCUGUAGACAAAAUAUUUUAUUUGGCUGGUUGUAAUUUUGUUAAAAGCUUUGCUCCUCUCAUUUUUAUGAUAUUAAAUUAUUUUGGGGUAAAACAUUCAUGUAUAUAGAUGUACAAAUAAGAAGCACA